AUGAAGCAGAUGAGCAAAGAGGAGCGGAGAGCCAUCCAGGACAAGCAGCGUGCCAACAUGGCAAUGUCAUACACCAACUCGUCAAUCAUUCAGGAAGUCCUUCUACAAGCCCACCAGGAAGGAGUGAAAUUCAGCGUGGCUUUAGUGGACUCACGGCCGGCUUAA